AUGCACCCGGCGCUCGCGCACGAUGCCGCUACUGCGUUCGCCAAAAUCUACGAAGCCGGCAUAAAGACUGCCCGGGAACGGCUCGCGGCUGACGAGCCCUUGCGAGAGGACGAAGCUGAGGAUGUCGAGCGCCUUGUUGGCCCAGAGCAACCCAGCUUCGACGCCUACUGGACAAAGGAUGAUGAGGAGAACUUUAUGAAGGAAUGGAACGAGUCCGAAGAGAAGCGCCGAAUCGAUACGGUCGAGAUCCGAAAUGCACCGCUCCAUAGAUUGUGGAAGUCUUGCGUGCGGCUCAUGCACUGCUCGCCGUUUGCCAUCAUCUCGCCUCGAGACAGCAUGCAGUACAGCCCGGAGAGGGAAAGCACAACAGUCGAGAACGAGACACAGCUCGGCUACCACGACAUUAGUCAUAACGAAGAUGAUCCGGCUGAGGACGGCUACAGCGUGACUGUUUGGUCGAAGCAGUUCUGCGAUUGCCUCGACAUGUUGGUAUCGCAUCCGAUAUGGGGGAACUCGCCUGCCUUCCUGAAGCUCGCAAUACAAUAUGCAGUGGCCUGUCGCGCUGCUGAUCGCCGCAUCUGGGACAUGCCGGCGUUGCCGAAUUGUUCACAUAUGCAGCGCUUCCGGGAACUGGUGAGCUCUAGCAGGCUCGCCACCGUGCAAGAGCUUCACAAGAAGAUAUCGGAGGAUUGCGCCCUCGAAGCCGGCCACUCAUCGUUCCAGUUCCAAUUCCUAGGAUACCUAGGCUCGUUCAUCAAAGCCCACAGGAUCGUGCUUGGCGUUUUCCCGGGCAAAAUCGACUUCAAAGUUCGCACCAUCGAUCUCGAGAAUAAAUUGCCUACCGGGCGAUGA